AUGAAGAUGGAUGUUUUCAAAAUUCUAUCCAUCUCAUUCAUCAAAAUGGUCUAUAGUACACGGCGCCAGGUGUUUUUAAUCCUGGCAUGCGUUGCCUGGAUCGAGUUUGCAAUUCGCUUCUCGCUCCAAAUUGAGAGAUUCGCCCAUGAUGUGCUCCUAUACAGAUCCUCCACUCCUCAGGACACAGUUCCAGUGGUUUAUGGGCACCCAGAAGAGCAUGCUCGUCUGUUACAAACGCUUGAAAGGUCGACCGGGAAGUGGGAUUCUUCUCACCCCCGAUAUAGAUUGUUGACUGCGCUGUAUGGUUUUACAAGAUACAUGGAUGGAAGUCAGUCGGAUAUCAAUCGGUGGAAGGAUCUUUACAAAAAGGUUCCCAAACGCCAAAGACUGCUGCUCGAGUCUGCGGUCGACUACCCCCGCAAAUUGGAGAGCGUCGAUUCCUUACUCGAAGUGAAUGUCAAGCUUGCUAGCUCCAUCGCUGAAUAUGGGCUACAGUUCUAUAACAUCACUCAGGUGGAGCUAAAUGAUUUCAUCAAGGAGGCCGAGGCCCAAGGGAGGCCGAUUGAUAAGACAAGCGUUACACAGGGCAUGAAACACUUUGUGCGUGAUUGGAGCGAGGAAGGCCAGGAAGAGCGACUACAAGCUUUUCAGUGUGUUUUGAAAACCCUUGACCGCGAGCCCAGAACGGUCGAUGCUCCCUUGCACGUGUUGCUGCCCGGGGCGGGACUGGGAAGACUAGCCCAUGACAUUCAAAAACUAGGAGGCUUUGAGGUCACUAUGAAUGAAUGGUCUGCUUACAUGAACCUUGCCUAUCGAUACGUUUCGAGUCGACCGGAGCGAAACAGCGUAUCAUUUCACCCAUACAUAGAUUGGUGGUCUCACCAUGCAACAAAUUCCGAUUUUCAGCGAGCUGUUGCUUUCCCAGAUCAGGCUGCUGACCCAUUAUCUGUUUUACAUGUGGAAGGGGACUUCACUACGGCCUUCAAUGGCAGAACAGGCCAAUACGAUAUCAUCGUCACUCUGUUCUUCAUUGACACUGCCCGCAAUUUGGUCUCGUAUCUUGAGAAUAUCCAUCGCUUACUCCGCCCUGGAGGGAGGUGGAUUAAUUUGGGCCCUUUGAUGUACGGAACGGGUCCGUUUGUACAGUUAUCGCUGGAUGAGAUUGUGGCUUUGAGUACUCGAAUUGGGUUUGACUUCCGUGAUCCAGAGGUUGUUUUUGGUGAAGUUACAAUACCGGGCUUGAAGGUACAAGGCUCUGAGAUUGGCUAUGGUCGCAAUCCUCUUGGGUUGAAUAAAAAUGCGUUCCAGGCCCAGUACUGGGAGGCAAUCAAGCACUAG